UUAUUUAAAUAUCUUCUUAUCUGCAACUUAAGAUGGAAUGUGCUAAUAUAUAAAAUCUUAAUAUUUUCUCGUGAAUUUGAAGAAAAACAAAACCGUCUAACAGUGAACGCAGAAAUGACUUAACAGUCACUGUAAACGCAAUUUGGCUUGCGAGCGAGCGCACUCACUAGUUCAUCUCUUAUCAUACACAGCUGAUCUCUUGCGAUCUCCCACCUCCCAAUUAACGCAUACUUUGCUGCCCGCUGGCUAUGCUGCUAAGUAAAAAUUCUUCGGUCACUCAGUAACACUGCUUUUGCGGAGCCUAGUAUUUUGGCACUGUUGCUGGAGCAAGAACGUGCAUUUAGUGACAAGGUCAAACAAGGUCUUCGACGCGAACAAUAGUGAAAGUGAAACAAAAAAAUGUCACAGCUGUUACAAAAAACUAGCGGUGUACUGCAGUUGAAUUACAAAUUCGCAGCUGGACUCGCUUACACUGCAACAAAACAAACUCUCGAUGGACAACACAGGUCAAUGGCGACGGCUACAGGCGGCAAAGGUGAAUACGAUCUUGUGGUAGUGGGCGGUGGCAUUGUGGGAGCGGCUUCCGCGCGUGAAAUCCUGCUACGCCAUCCAAAGCUAAAAUUGGCCAUUUUGGAAAAGGAGUCCAAGAUGGCUAUGCAUCAGAGCGGCCACAACUCGGGCGUCAUUCAUGCGGGCAUCUACUACAAGCCGGGCACGCUAAAGGCCCGCCUUUGCGUAGAGGGCUUAAACCUGGCGUACAAGUACCUGGACGAGCAUCAGAUACCGUACAAGAAGUGCGGCAAGCUGAUUGUUGCAACCGAUGAGAAGGAAGUGAAGCUUUUGGAGGAUUUGCAUGAGCGUGGCAUCAAGAACCAGGUGCGCGAUCUGCGAAUGAUCGAUGGCGAUAAAAUCAAGGAGAUUGAACCAUACUGCAAAGGCCUCAAGGCGCUGCACAGCCCGCACACAGGCAUCGUGGACUGGGGCCUGGUCACUCAGCAUUAUGGCGAGGACUUCAAGAGAGCAGGCGGCGAUAUCUACCUGAAUUUCAAUGUGACAAAGUUCACUGAAACAAAGGAAGGCUCCGACUAUCCAGUUACCAUACACAGCGGCAAAGGUCAGCAGGUGCGCACCAAGAAUGUUCUCACCUGCGGCGGUCUACAGUCCGAUUUGCUGGCCGAGCUAACUGGCUGUCCUCGUGCACCACGUAUCGUGCCGUUCCGUGGGGAGUAUUUGCUUCUGUCCAAGGAGAAACAGCACAUGGUGCGUGGCAAUAUUUAUCCAGUGCCCGAUCCGCGUUUCCCCUUCCUUGGUGUUCAUUUCACACCACGCAUGGAUGGCAAAAUCUGGCUGGGACCCAAUGCGGUGCUGGCAAUGAAGAGGGAAGGCUAUACCUGGGGCGACAUUAAUCUAAUUGAGCUCUUUGAUGCUCUGCGCUAUCCAGGUUUCCUCAAAAUGGCCAGCAAAUACAUUGGCUUCGGCUUCAGCGAGAUGGCCAAGUCGGCCUUUAUCAACUUGCAAGUGAAGUCGCUCCAGAAAUACAUCCCAGAUAUCACCGAAUAUGAUAUCGAGCGUGGACCAGCAGGUGUGCGCGCCCAGGCGCUCGAUAUGAGCGGCAAUCUUGUCGAUGACUUUGUCUUUGAUCGCGGCGAGGGCAGCGGACCACUGGCCAAGCGGGUGCUCCAUUGCCGCAAUGCGCCAUCGCCGGGCGCAACCAGCAGCUUGGCCAUUGCCAAGAUGAUUGCCGACAAGAUCGAAACGGAGUUUGCCAUUGGCAAAGCCAAAUAGUGCCAAUUCGAUUCCAACUAAUAUUUUUUCAUGCAUUUUUUCACUUCUAUAAACUAUUUUCGAUAACAACUUUUUUUAUUGUUUAUUGUCUGAGUCCAAUACUUAUUCAGUUUUUGUUAUUUUUUAUAUUUUUAAUGAAUGCAUUUGAAGUUGAUGAGACAACAAA